AUGUUCUCCGUAAAUGGUUCCGGUCAAUUUCUUGGCUACGCGCUCCUGACAUCCGCUAUUGCCUAUGAUGAGAUGUACAACCCGACAAACGACCGAGAAUUACAUUUCCCUCUAUCUGCAGAAGACGAAAGCCGGGCCCCAAAUGCCAAUGGUAACAUCGCACCAGUGUCCAGCGGUCAGACUCCUAGCACAACCGUUAAAUCGAGAAGUCCCAGCGAUGCUUCAUCGAAAUCUUUGCCGGUCCCUCUCCUCAACCAAGGCAUAAUCCGAUACAAGCCAAGCAGACGGCAGAUCGUCUGGGAGGCUUCAUCGUGCGACCGCCGGGACAGCGCCGCAUCGGAUAGCGAGCCUAGCUCGGCCUCCAGAUCCCUUUCAAGUCUGCAGGAUGGCGCGGAUAAACGCAGCGCGAGUUCGUCAGACAUGUCGCCGAUUGUAAAACAGAAUCCGUCGUUCUGUGGCGAAAACUCCCCACCUACCUCGACGCGAUCUCCUUCGUCCACUGGUAUUAGAGGUGAAGGCUUGUCAAAUUCUGAUAAUGAUACUACCGUGAUGAGAGCAGUCCAACAGUUCGGCCACCCGUGUCGAAUCAAGUGGCUCGCCGCCGAUUCCCUGUCUUUCGACAAGGUUUGCGGCAUCAGGAACGAGUGGAAUGAUAAGAAACAGAUUUAUGUGGCCAGAAACGCCACCCCAGUCCAUCCAGAUGCUGCAACGGCACUACUGGACGUCUGGAGGUCUUUGGCGACUCUGAAGAGGAUGGAAAGACCCAGAGAGGCCAGCGCGAGAGCCUGGGGAAAUGUCAGGCGUUAA